UUGCUCUGCCCCGCUGACAGGAGCGCGUUAAAGCAAAGUUGAGCCAGUCGGAUCAGACUAUGCGCCCUGACGCACCGGAGGAACAGCAGCGAUGGGGGCUUCGCAGACGCGCUCCGAGCACAAGCACCAGUACCUGGUGGAUAAGACGGGAUUUUCACUGGAGCAGAUUAAAAACCUUAACAAAAGGUUCCAGCAGCUGAGUGGAAAUGAAGAGACAAUAAGUAAAGAAAAGUUGGAGAGCAUACCAGCCCUCGCCAAUAAUCCAAUCAGGAAGCAAAUUAUUGAUGCGUUCUUUGACAAAAGGAACCACCAUCAGGAUGAGGUGGGCGACGCUGAGGAGAUUGGUUUCGAGCAGUUUCUUAUGGUCAUGUCCCACUUCCGCCCUCCUACCUUGAAGACAACGGUGGAGGAGAAGGAAGCUAUGAGAAAAGAGAAGCUUCGCUUCCUGUUCAACAUGCAUGACACAGACAAUGACGGCACAAUCACUCUGGCAGAGUACAGAAAGGUGGUGGAGGAGCUUCUGUCAAAAAGUGGAGCCAUCGGGCUGGAAGCUGCCAAGGCGAUAGCAGAUGCUGCCAUGUUGGAAGUGGCGAGCACAAAUGUGCCCCACAUGGCCCCAGAUGAUUUCUAUGAAGGAAUUACGUUUGAGCAUUUUGAGCAGAUUUUAAAAGGGCUUGAAAUGGAGACCAGGAUGCACAUCCGCUUUUUGUAGACACCAUGACAAUGCAUUGUGGGAAAUCAACCUCUUGAAGUUGUUUUUGUAAAGAAAUGUUUAUGUUGCUGCUGUUUUUAGCAGAGCCUCUCUGGUCCUUAAAUGGAGUGAAGCCAAACACUUGAUGUGCACUAAUAUAUUUUUGGAUGGAUUGAAAGAAUUAUAAACCUAACAAUACUUAAAGUACAUUUGUUUACAAAUUAAAGACUGACAAGAUGGUUAAAGUAUCCGAGUAAAAAGACAUUUACUUCCAUAGUUCACUUUCAAGCCGAAAGAAGUCAGUUUCACAAUGGUGUUUCAUUCAGUUUUAAAGCAUUGUGAUCCUACAAGUAGAGUGUCACAUAUUUCAAAGAGAUUUGUUUCUCGUUGUUUAUCACACUCCUACUAAUUUUAUCAGGUUUCACACUAACCCUCUACCUCUCUUGCUAUUCUACCAAUCUUUAUGUAACCAGCAUGCAAUGUGAAUGAUUCUUUGUACCAAAAAGGUUCAUGUGUUAGAUGAAGUCGGCCAUGCUCAGUGACUGCUCUGGCAUUCAUGGGUCAUCUGUUAUGGCCAGCAUCCAAAGACUGAAACUGGGGGCGCAUACCAUUCCUCUGAAGCUCCAGAAUAGUUACAGGUUUAAUUUUCUGUUCCUCUGGGACCCUUUAUAACCAACCACUGCUGUUCUUCCUUGAAAGUCUAUUUUUGGAUUCUACUGAGUAAACCUAACACUUUUCAUGAGAUGAAUUAUUACAGACUUUGUACUAAAUUGUAUAAAUGAACAAAAUAAAUUCAAGACAUUUGAUAAAA